GCUCACUCCUGGAUGGCCACUGCUUGAGCUGCCAUACCUUAAUUGCCUCCACGCCUCAUCCCUCACUGCCUAUGGCCUCUUCACUCAGGUGAAUCCCGCCUUCUUGGAAGGCUUGGAGAGUCUUGGGGGAAGAGCUGAUGCAAGCGGACGGGUGUCUCGAGCCACCGGGCUGUCAACUCGCCCUUGGCCGAUUCGAGGAGGUGGAGUAGGAGACGAAGUGUCCGAAACAGCGGUGCCCUCCAAUGACCUUCUCAUCACUGGUCACGAGAACGGAAUGUUGCAGUUUUGGCGCCUGGGCGCUGGUGGAUGUGCGCGAAAAAUUUUUGGCCUUUUUACUGGAUCUCUCUUCGAGGGCGACUUCGGACCUGAUGCCACAGGGGCAAAAAUUUGCUAUCCACAUCUUGGUGUUGGUGGAGUAUCAUCUUUAGAACUGCUUUUGUCUCCAACUUGCCAUGACGAGGCCACUCACCGGGCCGGCGAGGAAGAGAGCGAGCCGUGGCCACCGUUCCGUCGUGUGGGUCUAUUUGAUCCCUUCAUGGACGACGUGCGUGCAGCAAUAAAGGCCAUCGAUUUGGUGGACAACACUCUUGUUAUCGGUGGCGCUGCUGGUCAGACCUCCGUGUGGCAGUUGGCACCGACCAAACCCACCAUGGCAACUCUCGAUGUUCCCGUAGCGCCCGAGGUGCCGGGUUUUCGAUGGAAAGGAUGUCCUCCACUGACCCUACGUAAAAGUCAACUUGACCAGUCCCAACGUUUGCCUGGGGCCAGUCUAUUUCCCUUGGUGGUUGCUCUAUGCCAGCCACCUUCGCCUAUCACUUGUCUCUCCGUUUGCGAGUUGGCGGACUUCUCUGCCACGCAAAAGUCCUCACAACCAUCGCUUCAAGCGUCAACCCAAAUCGGCGUUCUGGUUGGAAUGGGGACAGCUCAUGGAUUUGCCUUGAUGCACGUCAAGCCAACGGAAGGAGGAGGGGGAGGAGGAGGCUUUGUAUCUCACCUUCUCCUGCACUGCUCCACAAUACCUUCGAACGCGGAGGCGCUUGAAGAGGCAGCUGUUGGUGAGGGAUGGGCCAGACGUCGUACGAGGGAGUUAAAGAAUUCCCUCCGCGAUUCCUUUCGUCGUCUUAAACGCAUGAAGUCGGGUAGGUCUACAAUGGCUGCUGUUGCCACGUCCGGCUCCUCCACUUCUGCCCCACAGGCGACCUCGGGCUCGACGUCAUCCCCCUCGGCGAAUAGAUUGAAUUACUCGGCUCGAGUGGGACUUCGCAAGAGUGUCACUCGGUCAGCGUCGAGCGCCAAUCAGGGCAUACAAAUACGUGGCGAUCCACUGCAAGAGGCUCUCUCCCGAAUUCAUGCGGACAGUGAAGCGCUGACCUCACCUCCGCUUCCCACCGGUUGUGAGCGUGAGAUCUGUGACCGUCCCACUGCCACCGCCAACACAGCUUUGGUGCGUUGUAUGGCGUUUGGACCACCUCUACAUCAUCGGCUUCGGCCCCCUGCUGUUGGCAGCACUACGUCCUCCGCUGCUGCUAGCAUAGAGACGCCACAGUUGUUGGGCAGCUUCUUUGCUGCCACUGCUGGCGGUGCUGCCUUUGUUUUUGCACUGUUCGCGGACAACGUGCGACGGCCAUCGCACCUGGCCUCGCGACAAGCUACUCAUAUUCAAUUGCAGCAUCGAGCACCUAUCGUGGCACUUCGUCUCAUCGAUACCAAAACCCACUGCCCUCUAUUGACCUCCUCCAUCUACUUGCCCCCGUUUUGCUGUCCUCUGUUGUCGCCCCAUCACCAGCCUCCGCCUCCACAUUUAAUGGUGAUCAGUGAGGAGCAAGUGCGCUUGUUUGCUCUCCCUUCCAUCUCCUUGCGACAGAAAGCACGCAUCACCGCAAAGGACGGCUUUCGCAUCAAAGCCGGCAACAUCAUUGCCUUUGGACAGUUUUCUAAUGAACCCAACAUGGGGAUCUAUGGGAUUGAGUUCAACUGUGUCUUCAUCAACAACGGCGGUCAAGCGGUGGUACUUUCAGUACCUUAUUUACGUCGACGAGACACCAUUGCCCUUUUGGGAGGAGGCGAUGUGUUGGAAAUCAACUCAGUCGCCUUCGCUACUGCCGGCUCCACUCGACCCAAGGUGAUAGGAGCACCCAGUUUGGGCCUCUACCAAACGGCGCCCGGACAGUUGGCCAUGUUUGAUGUACUACUGGCAAGCCAAAGAAGCUCAGCCCUCGGAACUGCCUAUCAAGCGGUGGGUCUGACAAAAGUUGCAAAACACAACACUCCCAGUCCUUCUUCUCGUCUGCAACACAGAUUAGUUAAACCUCCCACCAACGCAGACACUCCAAAUGUUUGUAUGGAUUUCGUAUCGACUUCGGAAAAUGCAGGGUUCGUGCAAUCUCGACAUUUAUGUUCUAGACUGUUAUUCACUCACUCACUAACCGAGUUACAUUUCCUUUUUUAUUCGCUCUCGUCAACAGCACUGAUGUGUGCGGGUCUUUAG